AUGGUUUACGCAUUGCUGGAGCUCCCUGCCGGCGUGGCACUCUUCAAGGUGGACGGCGAGAAGCGAAAACUGAAGGCGCUGCUGCAGUUCAAAAGUACCGCUGACGCCCUCGCCACUACGACGCAGAUCGUCAACGGGGAGCUCGCAAAGCCGGUGCGCAAAUUCCUCAAGAAGAAUUUCUUGGAGAAGGAGAUCACAGAGGAGUUAGCUGUCGCGGACUCGAAGCUCGCCAAGGUGAUUAAGGAGACCCUCUCUAUCCCAUGCGUGCACGGUGACGAGACCCUCGCGACGUUCCGCGCCCUCCGCGCAAGCGUGGACGAGCUGCUGCAGGAGGUGUCGGCGGAGCAGCUCAAGCAGACAGCGCUCGGUCUCGCGCACAACCUCAACCGCUACAAGCUGAAGUUCUCCCCGGACAAGGUCGACAUGAUGGUCGUGCAGGCAGUGGCACUCCUGGAAGACCUUGACAAGGAGAUUAACAAGUAUGCGAUGCGUGCACGUGAGUGGUACGGCUGGCACUUCCCCGAGCUCGCCAAGAUCGUCAAUGAUAACUUGCUCUACGCGAAGAUUGUGCUUGCUGCAAAGACACGCUUCAACGCCCGCGACACAGACUUCUCCGACUUCCUCGAGGAGGAGGUGGAGCAGAAGGUCAAGGACGCGGCGAUGGUGUCGAUGGGCACUGAGAUCGCAGAGGAGGACAUUGAGAACAUCUGCCGGCUCUGUAGCGAGGUGGUGGCGGCCAGCAAGUACCGUGAGAGCCUCGCCGCCUACCUCAGCUCCCGCAUGCAGACUAUCGCGCCGAAUCUGACGACGAUGGUCGGCGAGCAGAUCGGCGCGCGCCUCAUCCAAAAGGCGGGCUCGCUGCUGUCGCUGGCGAAGUACCCGUCCUCGACGGUGCAGAUCCUCGGUGCGGAGAAGGCGCUCUUCCGUGCGCUCAAGCAGCGCCAGGCGACGCCCAAGUACGGCAUCUUGUACAACGCGCAGGUCGUUGCCAAGGCGGCGGCGCCGAACAAGGGUACAAUGUCGCGCGUACUGGCGGCGAAGACAUCGCUUAGUGCCCGUAUCGACUCGUUCGGUGAGGGCGACAACGCCCCGGCGCUGGAGUAUCGCAGCAAGGUGGAGGAGCGGCUGCGGCAGUUUGAGGAGGGCGUCACGUACGGCAAGACCGGCAACGCUCGUGGUGGCGGUGCGGGGAUGCAGCAGAAGCGUGGACCACCCGACAGCAACGGUAAGGGCAGCGGGGCGCCAUUUAAGCGGCAGCGCUUCGACGACGCUGGCUUCAAGCAGCGGAGCUAA